AUUUAACGGUUGUGGGUGUGCGUACGUAUCGGCUCUUCGAUUGUUUGCGGUAGCAAGCGCUUUAACAAAACUCGUAAAAUCUGAAAGAACCCGCAAAUGCUCUUCGACUUGUGACUCGAAGGGCUUUUUGAAUAAAAUUCGAAAUACAAAACGAAGUACGGCGGCAAACAACUUGUAAUAUCCUUGGAACUUGUUGUUGUUGUUUAACGCUUGUGAGAAUAUAAAUAAGAGGAGGAGAAGAAGAAAAAGAACAGCCAAAGUGUUUUCCUUUUGCGGUGAAGUGAGAAAGAUAAAGAGAGAGAGAAGAUAGAAGCAAGAAGCAGGACCAAUUACUGUUAUCAGCGACCCGGCAAUAACCAAAAAUCAUGUUGAUCUCGUGCAAAUGCUCGAAUUUCGUUGCUUCGACUUCGAAAUUGCAGCGCAGCAACAGCAGCGGAUUGGGAGUGGGAGGCACCGGCGCGACUAACGGUAAUCCUGGUUCCAGCAGUACGCCCAAUGGCGAAGUCCCGCUCUCGAUCCUCCUGUCGCAGGUGUUUCAGCAGAAUUAUCCACGGGAUUUCUCCUUCUACAGCCAGUUCAUGGACUUCUUUAAGCACGCCUAUGGACCCAUUCCAGACCUGACCGUGGCUGUGAUCAACCAGCGGGAGCUGCUGUACGGACUUACCCUGGAUGCCGCAGGCCAGAGCUGGCAACUGAGCCUGUGCAUCAACUGCAAGGAGGUGCUGUGCGCCAAGCGAUUGACGGCGGGGGCCGGAGCCACGCCCACGCUCUACCUCAUCAACUGCACGCUGCUGACCAGCAGCGAGGAGCUGGCCCAGCGAAAGUCCAACAAAUCGUAUUCGGAGACCUUCGAGCUGCUGAUCAUGGAUCACGCAGGCAGUGACUCCGUAUCCGCGGGACCCACCGUUGGAAUAGCCAACUCGGCCUCAAAUCUUAGCAUUGGUUCGCUGUCCGCGAAUCCCACAGAUGCCAAGAUGCAAAGGCUAAGGAUGAUCCAAGCCCACCAGCAGGCGCGAUUGCAGGAGGAGAUUUUGGAGACGAACGAACGAAUUGAGCGGUAUACGCGCAACCAGUUCCAGUUGUUGAACAGCUUCAGGGAGAAGUCGGAUCAGGAUUGUGCGUUGCUAUUACGAGUGAUUCGUUUAUUGCGAGAGCCGACCUCGGACCUACUAGAUCAUGCCAUGCCACCCGCUCUGGAAGUUGCGGCUAAUCAGCCGCAGAGUGCCACUGCCCGGCGCAGGAACACCAUCAGCAGCCGGCGGGAGUUAAACGGUGGACCCACCACGCCCACCACCACCCUGAAUCAUCCGCCCAGUUUCCUCACGCUCAACCAGCAGCCGCAGCAACAGUUGCAGGCUUCGCAGCAGCAGCAGCAGCCACUGCAGCAAAGUGUCUCGGUGGCCAGGAAGAUGUCACACUUUGACACACCGCCCGCCACCCCAGAAGCCACGCCCAUGAGCGUGGGCAACAGUCCCACCUUCCGGCAGCAGUCGGCCAGUGGUGCACCCACCCAAAUGUUAACCAACAAUGGAGUGGGUCAGACCAGUGCCGCCGACGAUGCGGAUGACUGUCUGUUCGAUCUGGAGGAUGUGGAUGCCCCGGCGCUGCCGCCAGUUCAGUCCGUGCCAGUGCCCAGCUAUCCGCGCAGUCUGAUCUACCAGCAAGAGCACCACCCCAAUCCGUUCCAGCAGAUGGGCCAGCAAAACGGCCUGCGAAACGUGCUCGAUGACGAAGCUGCCGAUGAAGCUGAAGAUGCUCUCGACCCGGACAGCUCCAUUUCCAUACCAGUGCGAGCAGGAGGACGACCCACACAUGCGCAGCUGAUGAACUUUGCCAGGAGUCUGCCCAUUGAGAUAGCCAACACCACGCUGGCUGAGAGGGCUGCAGCAGGCAACAAUAAUAAUUUUGCGCUGGGCUGCGAGGAGGGAAUGGACAACAUCGAUAUUGCGGCCAGCAUUCAGGCGCUGACCAAAAGCGUCCAUGGCGAGGCUGUGUUUGGGGACUUGCCACGCCCCCGCCUGCGAUCCCAGAUCGAGGGCUAGCUAAGCUGGAUGGAAUUUCGAAGUCACCACUACGUACACAUAAAUAUAUCAGCUCGUAAUCCGCAUACUUUGUUAGCCUGUAGCCUAGCCGCCUUGAUGAUUGUUUUCGCUAUCUAAACUAAAUUAGUUGCUCAACGAAACAAGGACACACGAAGCGCCUUCCACAGACACCCCACAUCCACCCACAUGUCAUACAUAUACCACACAUGAAACCUCAUUUGCACCACCUACCAACUACCACGUACCAAUUAAGCAGACAGUUUGCAAUUUCUUUAAUUUACAUCGCCUAUAAGUUUUCUUUCAUUUUUUCGGAUGAUCUUCGAUUGGAAAUGUGUAUUUUCUUCGUACGACGAAUGUACGGCUGUCGUUGGCUGUUGUACAUUGAGUUAACUAACUGAUACUGAUACUGAUGAUGUUGUUAGUUUAUACAAUGAAUAAUUUAGUAUACAUAUACAUUAUAUAUUAUACAAUACAUAAAGAAUGCCAUCAGCUCCAACUGUGACGCGGGCAAGACGCACCACAAAGCGUUCAAUCUAA